AUGACUCGUCUCGAGUUUAUACUCCUCUUAUGGGUAUGCAUAGCCCUUGGAGGCCAGGCUGUGAGCCAAACCACCUCUGGUCAAAAGCCUAGUAUACCCGGAGAGACGACGCCAGCUGGUCCUACGAAACCUAGGAUAGGACUGCUCGGAAUUGUAACAGAUGGCACACCGUCGAAAAGGGAGAUACAGCAGUUAAGGAGGAUUGUUCGAAAAUCCAGGAAGGGUACUGGUAUUGCGUUGCAGUUCCGGGGACACCACGAUCCCGGACCCUGUCGGCCCCAGCGAGCCCGACUUCCACCAAUCCAACGCAGUCAGGAUUCCCAUCGAACUGCCGUAAGCGUUGGCUCGUUUCCGAGUAAAGUUUCCCGUAUCUCUGACUUGGUUGAAAAUUCCAUCGAACGGUUUGUACAGGUCAGAAACAUGUAG